AUGCCACCUAUCGUCCGUAACGCAAAUCGUCGAAAUCGUUAUAACCCGACUGUCCCAAAAAUUGAUAAACUGAAAACUCUUGGAGAUUGGGUGAAACGAACGUUCGAUGCGUAUCUUAACUCUGAAAGCAUCCUUAGGUCAUCAUCCAGCUCGAAGUUAUACUCUUUUCCAUCGCUUCCUGGAUCUUUUCCUUCUGAAGACUCUCCACUUCAUUGUUACCUUGCAAAAAAAUAUUUCAAAAUUUGGAAAAUUAAUACAAUUAAACGAAAGAAAAAUAUAGCCAAGGCAGUGGAGGUUUAUGAAUUUAAUAGAAAAGCAAGUUGCUUCUUGCUAUGGAUGGAAAUGGCAAAGAAACAAGAAGACUUGCCACCAUACAAAAUAUUAAAAGAGAAACCUGGUGCACCGCACAGAAUACGAAUUCACCAAAAAUUAUGUUUUGCCAAUCCGCUCGAAGAUAUAUUUACAUAUGAUCCUGAUGAUGAUCAAAUUAACUAUGUAUCAAUUGUUCCAGAUGACGUCAUUAUAUUCGAUGAAUGUGAAGUGGAUGAAAAAAUGGUGAAUAAAAUUGCUGAUUUUUAUGAAUUGAAAUAUCUACGCUAUGCACAAAACCAUAAAGUUUGGGAUGCAUGCUAUAACCUAUAUAAAUAUGGUUUCAGAGCACAAGAUCCUGUAAUAAGAAGAUACUUGUUGCGUUUAAUUUGA